AUGACUUUGCUUCUCGACUUCUGUAAAGGUAUUUGGCGUUUAGUACUUCUGUGGCUGCCCUCAAAGGCACACAACAUGGCGAAUUUAGAGUCAAUGCUGCCCACUGGUCUCAGUCUUCCCCCACUGGUACUAGUCGUGUUAUAUCUUGCGGCAAUCGUGUUCUCAUGGGUUAACUACGCUGUGAUCUUUCGCGUGAACAUCGACCUCUUCGGCAGGGAUCUUGUCGGUGCCUAUUUAGCUUUCUGUAUCGUUGGUACGGUGGUCGUCUUGUUCAUCAGUAGUGUUGUGUGGCUGCGCGCGGCUCGUUAUACUGCCAAGCAAUCGCAACGAGUGCGUCUCGUCCUCUAUGGUGUGUGUGCUGUGUUUUUCUUCAAGGAUCUCCCUCUAUUUGUGGCAGAGAGCAUCUCCUCUGCACGCUACGGGUGGCAGAACGGAUACCAGGGGUUUUGUUUUGUCGUCCAAUUCUGUUUUUUCUUGCUGGCACUCAUCGCCACGUGGCUUGCCUUCACGUGGCUCGCCACAAACUUUCUGGAGUGUCACUGGGGUGAACGCUACAACCACGCCUGUGGCUUGCCGGGAAAUGCAUUGUCGCACCCAGCGGCGAUAGUGAUAACAGCAACGCCACCGCCUAUGAUGUUACAAGAAGCCCGGGAUAAUCAAGAUGGGAAUCCAAGUUUUUUGGUGAAAGUGAAUGCGCCGUACCGGGCUUCGUACGCUGGCGAUUUCAGGCUCUCGGGGGCACCACUGGAUCAGUGGAAGAACUCUAAUGGGUACAUUUAG